GUAUAUUCCUGCGCAUUAUCCCCCAGCCUCGGCAACGACAUGACCCUGACUCCGGCAACCCGGUUUCGGACCACGACGAGUUGCCUCCAGCGUACCAACAAAAUGCUUGACCACUACGCCAUCGACACUAGUAUCAGGACGUCUCUCGCGUAUUCGACCCGCGUAUUUGACCCGCACCGAUCUCGUCACACAGCCUGCCAUUAAUACCACCACCACCACUACUACUACUCGCACCUUCGCCUCCGCCGCCGCCGCAGCCGCAGCCAAGAUGUCCAAGAGUGCAGCAGCCGCCUCGCACGCCGACUUCAACCGCAACUCCCUCUUCGACCUCAAGGGCCGCGUCGCCCUGGUCACGGGAGGCGGGUCCGGUAUCGGGCUGAUAUCAGAUCACGCAGGCGCUGGCGGCCAACGGCGCCAAGCUGUACAUCGUGGGAUGCACGGGCAAGAAGCUGGACACGGUGGCGAGCACGUACAACAACGGACAUUGAGGGCUCCAUCGUGCCGCUGACGGGGGACGUGACUGACCAAGAAGGAGGACGUGGCGCGGCUGGCGGACGAGAUGGCGGCGCGCGAGGAGUGCCUGUGCAUCCUGGUCAACAACGCGGCCGUGUCGAGCGAGACGGUGCAGCCCGAGUCCGGGUCGGCCGACGAGAUGCGGCGCAACCUGUUCGACACGACCAAGACGACGGCGGCCGACUGGCUGGCUGGCCGCGUACGAGACCGACGUCGUUCUCGCCCUUCUUCGCCACCACCACCGCCUUCCUGUCGCUGCUGCGGCGCUCCGCCGAGCGGCACCCGCACUGGUCCGGCACC